UUGGGCUUGAAUGGACAUUUCGAGGUGGAUUUGAAAUUGCUUGUUCCAAUGCUCGCGCAAGAAAUGUCAAACAUACCCUUAAGGUUAAUAAUAAUCGUACAAGAGAUUUGACACGUUUUGGUGAAUUGGAAUCCAAAGGAAUAUCAGCAUGA